AUGGAAAGACCUCUGUUCCCCUCCACUCUCCUCUCUCUCUUACUGCUGGCCUUGAUGAGCCUUGGCUUGAUGAGCUGGGCCUGGACUGCUCCCAGCUGCACCAUAGGAGAUAGCUCCCUGUGGCCUAACAUCUCCUAUUACAUCCCGUUCUGUCCCUUGGCCCCAGGACUGCACCUUUUUGCAUCAUGCUUCAAUGUGAAUGACCUGGCUCAAACCCUAAGAGAAGUGCCCCAGGACACAGAGGUGCUAUGCCUCCAGGGUACAGUUCCCAUCCUGCCAGCUGAUGCCUUUGGACACUUUCCCACACUAUAGUUUCUGAGGAUUAUAUCUGAGACAUUUCAAGGACUGGACCAACUGCAGGAUCUUUCCUUUGAGCAUCAUGCUCCCUGUUUCUUGAGUCUGUUUCUCCCUCCAGAUGCCCUGGAGCCCCUCAAAUCCCUCAACACCCUUUCCUUCCAUGGCUCCUGCCUGAAUUGUAGCCAGAACGUCCAGUUGCCCAUCAGCCUUGGUCGUCUGACCCUGAGGCACAGCUGUCUGACAGAACUGAAGGAAUUGCAAGGGCUCUUCCCAAACCUUGUCUCUGGCUCCUCUCCUGCAACCAGCCCCAGCCCACGGACCUCCUUCCUGGAGGUGCUGGAUCUGUCUGCCAACCUGCAGCUGAGCAGGUUGGGUGGCCGAGCUCUGCAUGGCCUCCAGCUCCAUUCCCUGAGAUUGGAUGGCACCCCACUAAAUGCAUUAGACCUCCUAGGCUCAGAUCUGCUCCACUUGGACUCCCUCUACCUUGUGGGAACAGGUGCAGAAAAACGGCCUGGGAAUGUGACAGGUUACUUUGAGCUUCGUGCACUUGACCUUGGGAGGAACCAAACCCAGAACCUAGAGGAUGGGGAUCUCCUAAGUUUCCGCUCCCUGGAACUCCUCAGCCUUCGCAAUGGCCUUCAGUUACAUUCCUCCAAUUUUCUGAGUGCCUUGCCCCAGCCUCAGAGACUCAACCUGUCAGAUAAGCUGGGCCCAACCUUGGCGCUCCCAGAAGGGCUGGUCAGCUCAAAUCUGAGAGUGCUUGAUCUGUCCCACAUUGAGCUCUGUGUUCUGCCCCACAGGGCCUUCUCCUCUCUUCCUCAACUCCAGGAGCUCUGGUUGCGUAGUAACAACAUCUGCAACUUAUCCAGUGAGAGCCUGGAAGGACUGAGGUGGAUGAAGACCCUAGACCUGAGUUGGAACCAAAUUAAGAUGCUAAAGCCAGGCUCUUUCUCCUCUCUUCCUGCCCUUACUUCACUGAACCUCCCGGGCACCCACUUACAGUAUAUCUCAGGCAGAUAUCUUCAGGGGCCCCAGAAGCUGAGCCAUCUGCAACUGGGUUCUUCUGAGAUGCUGAACAUCUAUCCUCCCUGGCCUCCAACACUGCUCAGCUUGGAGUUACGGGCAGAGAGUUCCAUAAUGUUUAGGGUUCCUAGUGGAGAACCCUUCUUGUUCCUGGAGAACCUUACCUUACAAACUAAGUACAUAGUGUUGGGACCAGACAACACCACACUUCAUUUCCCUUCCCUGCAUCACCUUACUCUACGAGGCUGCAGCCCCUACAUUUUCUCUAUGCGGAGAGUCUUCCCACAGCUUCCUCUCCUGGAGCACUCACACUUCUGGUCUGAUCAUAGUGGUGGAAAUCUGUAUCUAUUUGGGAUGCCCAGGCUGAGAGUGCUAGCGGGGGACUUGGAUUUCCUCUAUAACAAAAUAUCAGUGCAGCUGGAGAUGCUACUGAAGGAGCUGCCUCAGUUACAGGUACUGGCAUUGAGCAACCUGAACCUUGGGUACCUCUCCAUCUCCAGCUUCAGGGGCUUGGACCACCUUCGGCUGCUGCUGCUCAACUCUGAAUGGACCUUGGGGCUGGACAGCAGCCUCCAGGAAUUAAUCCCUCAGAUGCCGCAAUAUGUUUAUUUCUCAGAUAUCACCUUUAUCUGCCAGUGUGAAAACUCUUGGGUGGGGCCUUGGGCAACACGGGCCCCGAGCACCUUUGUGUAUGGGCUGGAGAAAUCCAUCUGCAAGGCCAAUUCCUCUGACUACUCCCAGACGCCUUUGCUCUCCUUCCUUUCUGAUCACUGCUCACAUGAUCCUGAGCUUCAGGGCUUUCUAACCAGCUUCAUUCUGGUGCUCCUGCUGACCUUCCUUGCACUGCCUACCUGUCCUAAAUGGCCCUGGCUUCACCACCUUCGGACCCUAUUUCAUGCCUGGUGGUGGAAAUUGGGUGGGAAGCACCCCAGAAAUCAAUUCCACUAUGAUGUCUUUGUAUCCUAUUGUGAGCAGGACCGAGCCUGGGUUCUGGGAGCUGUUCCUGCCCUGGAGAAGCCUCUUCCAGAGGGUGAGGGUUUGAGGCUCUGCCUGCCUGAGAGGGACCUUGGGGUUGGGCCGGACAGGAUGGAUGCUACUGCGACCAGCAUGGAGAGCAGCAGAGCCAUCUGUGUGCUCAGCUGCCAGGCCCUGGGAAGUCCCUGGUGCCAUCUGGAGUUAAGGAUUGCCACCUACAACUUGGUGGCCAAACCUGGGACUGCUUGCCUUCUGCUCCUGUUUCUGGAACGUAUUGAUCGGCGGUGGCUGCAGAAGGAAGACUACUUCUACUUAUCUCAAGGGAGGGUCGAGUGGAAUGCCUUCUGUGAACAACUGCGGAAAGGGCUAAGGGAAGCUGGGCAAGAGAGAGAGGAUUAG